AUGGCGACCCCAUCCAUGCCCGCUCGUGGAGAUCGAACGGCCCCGACCUUUGACCCCCAUCAACCCCGCGAAUUGAGACGAUAUUUCUCCGAUCUGGACUUCCACUUCGUUCGGUCUGCGGUAGUGGACGAACAAGAAAGAAAGAAACACGCUUGCCGAUUCCUAGAUGUCGACACCUGUGAGCUUUGGGAAUCGCUCACCACUUUCACCGACGCCACGAAGACCUUCAAGGAGUUCUGCGAAGAGGUCUACAGGCUAUACCCCGGAUCGGAGGAAGAACGCAAAUGGUCGGUAUCGGAUAUGGACAAGCUAGUCGGCAAAACGAGCAGGGUCGGCAUCUUGUCUCUCAGCGAACUCGGCGACUAUCAUCGGCGAUUCCUGGCGAUCACGGUAUUCCUCCUCAGCAAGGCACGGAUCUCGGUCGCCGAACAAGGACGCGCCUUCGCUAGAGGAUUCCAACCGGAGCUAUGGGCAAGAAUCUCUCAACGUCUACAACUCAAGUUCCCCGAUCAUUUCCCAGACGACCCAUACAACCUCCAAGACAUCCACGACGCGGCCCGAUUCGUCUUGCACGGCACCACGUCCGCCUACAGCACGACCCCUACCGACAUCUCUCGAGCAGCCCCCGCCGCGCCGCCCACCAACGCGAUCAAGGCCGAAGACCUGGCGACCAUGUUCGAACGGCUCACCGACACCUUUGUCAAGGCCAUCACAGCUCAGGGGACGACCAGGCCAGCCGAUCGACCAUCCCGACAGCCAGGACAAGGCGGCGACAACUGCAUGUUCUGCGGCAGAAUAUCGAAGGGAAGGUGGUAUUGUCAAGUGGGGCAUUCGUACCGAGAGAAAUCACGGGUAGUAACCUGA